CUGAUUCCGUUCAUCAAUAAGCCCCACAGCCCAAAAGCCACUCUCCUUUUGUCCUCUCCUCCUCUGCUUCUUCUCCUUCAUCUCCGCCAUGGCCACUGAGCUCGAUUACACAACCUUGAUCUUCGCUCUGUUGUCUAAAUGCAGUGUCCUAAGCCAAACCCACCUCGCUCUCUCCCUCCUCGUCGCUAUCUCCUUCUCCUUCGCCUUCUCUCUGUUCUUCUGGGCCCAUCCUGGAGGACCUGCAUGGGGAAAAUACCUCCGUGGCCGAGCCAGGGCCGCCAUCCCCGGCCCGCGAGGCCUCCCUCUCGUCGGGAGCAUGUCGCUCAUGUCGAGCGCCGUCGCUCCCCCCGCCGUAGCGGAGCGGCUCGGGGCCAAGAGGCUCAUGGCCUUCAGCCUAGGCGACACGCGUGUGAUCGUCACCUGUGACCCGGACGUGGCUAAGGAGAUCUUGAACAGCCCGGUAUUCUCGGACCGGCCGGUUAAGGAAUCGGCCUACUCUCUGAUGUUUAGCCGGGCCAUCGGGUUCGCGCCUCACGGUGUGUACUGGAGGACCUUGCGUCGUAUCGCGUCGAACCAUCUAUUCAGCCCGAAACAGAUCAGACGAGCCGAGACGCAGCGGCACGAAUUGAAGCUAGAAGACGGCGAAGUGAAGGAGCUUCGCGAGUUGGUGGAGGAAGGGUACGACCUGCUGGGAACUCUGAACUGGACGGACCACCUCCCAUGGUUGUCGGAACUUGAUCCUCAGAGAAUCCGGUCCAGAUGCUCAAACCUCGUACCGAAGGUGAACCGGUUUGUCUCAAGGAUCAUCUCCGAACACCGUGCCCAAACCCGUGACUCGCCUCGCGAUUUCGUCGACGUUCUGCUCUCCCUCCACGGCCCCGAUAAAUUAUCCGACCCGGACAUCAUCGCCGUUCUCUGGGAAAUGAUAUUCAGAGGAACUGACACGGUGGCGGUGCUGAUCGAGUGGAUCCUCGCUAGAAUGGUCCUUCACCAAGAUGUACAAUCGACGGUCCAUAAUGAGCUUGAUCGCGUAGUGGGGAGAUCAAAGGCCGUCGAUGAAUCCGACGUGGCAUCGCUCGUAUAUCUGACGGCUGUGGUGAAAGAGGUCCUGAGGCUUCACCCUCCGGGCCCACUACUAUCAUGGGCCCGCUUGGCCAUAACUGACACGACCGUCGAUGGGCGCCAUGUCCCGGCGGGGACCACCGCAAUGGUGAACAUGUGGGCCAUAGCACGUGACCCGCACGUGUGGGAAGACCCGCUGGAGUUCAAGCCCGAGAGGUUCGUGGCCCAGGAAGGAGAGGUGGAGUUCUCGGUUCUCGGGUCGGAUCUAAGACUCGCUCCAUUCGGGUCGGGUCGUCGGAUCUGCCCCGGGAAGAAUCUGGGUCUCGCCACGGUGAUAUUUUGGACGGCUACGCUUCUGCACGAGUUUGAAUGGCAACCGUCCGAUGAGAAUGGCGUUGACCUCUCCGAGAAACUCAGGCUCUCAUCCGAGAUGGCCAUUCCUCUCUCUGCUAAAGUGCGCCCCAGGCGCAGUUUAAGCGUUUAAACAAAUAAAUAAAGAUCGAACUAUGCUAAUAAAAAAAAAUAACGGAUAAACACAGCUUAUUUAAAGAAAAAAAAAUGGGAUGAACAGAGGACAACUAUGGAGUUUCUAACAUUUUGAUACGAUAUGUGUUUGAUGCUGUAAGGUGUGAUGUGUCUCUCUCUACCUUUGUAAAUAUAAUGAACAAGUAUUUAUUGUUAUUGUUAUUGUUAUUA